UACUCGCCAUGAUGUAUGGACAUCUUUAUGUCCCUGAAGAUCGCCCGUAAAGUCGGUUGUUUGAGGAGUGACACUGACUUGAUGGUAACCUGUCUGAAGAUGACUGACCCAGUUGGGCUCACCUUGGCGGGAAAAAUUGAUGUGCUCCUUCUCCUCCUGAAAAACGGUGUAGUCAUGGACCUUCUGGAACUGUCUCCAGUGGUUGAUGGUGAUUUCAUACCAGACGAGCCCAAUUGUCUCUUCCACAACGCUGCCCAGUUUGAUUACAUGGCCGGAGUCAACAGCAUGGAUGGACACAUUUUUGCUGGUGUAGAUGUACCUUCUAUCAACAAAAGAAAUGCUAACACUACUGUCGAACAGGUGAAGGGUCUCCUGACCAGUCUGACCAAAGCGAAGGGUAAUGCUGCUGCCGAGUCAGCAUUCAAUACCUACUCCUCUCUCUGGGGAUCCCUUCCAGACCAGGCACUGGUCAAAAAAACAGUGUCUGACAUUGAGACCGACUUCCUCUUCUUGGUCCCAACUCAGAUUGCGCUUCAGUUGCAUGCCAACAAUUCCAACGUCACUAGUACCUACUCCUACCUUUUCAACAUGAAAACACGUAUCCCAGGAUUCCCUCGCUGGGUGGGUGCAGAGCACGCCGAGGAACUGCAAUAUCUGUUUGGAAAACCCUUCUCUCUACCGCUGAUCUACUUCCCACGACACCGGGACUUGGCGGGCUACAUGAUCUCUUAUUGGACCAACUUUGCCAAGACGGGUGAUCCCACUAAGGGUGGGAGUAGAGUCCCUUCCACUUGGCCAGCUUUCAACAAAUACACCCAUCCCUACCUUAUCAUUGACCACAGCAUGGGCAAGUCAUCUGUGAGCUACGACCUGAGGUCAGACUAUGUCAAGUAUUGGACACAGACGUACAGCACCCUGCCGAACAUCAAGAGACGACACAGGAGUGAAGCAAGGAAACUGAUGUUGAUGUAAUUCUAAAUCAGAACCAAACAAUGUGAACUAAUAAUAAAACGGUAAAUGUUGGAUCAACAUGAAUAAACAGUAACAUUGG